GUCACAGUUCGAGUUGAGCCGUCUCGUGAGCAGGUCAUCAAGCGCGGAAGCUGCCAGUUGCUAGCCAGCCAGCCAGCCUGCCUGCCAGCCAGCCAGCCAGUAGAUAUCCUGUGGCUGUAUCCUGUGCGCUGUCCAAGAAGCCAACCUCUGGCUUCUAACUUUCCCGGCCAAGGUGUGCGCGUGUGUUGGUGUGCGUAUCCGUAUCCCAGUCCGUAUCCGUAUCCGUACCCGUACCAGUACCCGUGUGUUGGCCAAACAAAGGCCAUAUAACGAACAAGCCAACUUUCAAGUGGCUGCCAAGUGUCGAAAAUAAACCAAUUAAAGCAGCAGCGAAUUAUUAAAAAUCAAAUCAUAAAUUUAAAACUCGCACGCUUUUUGUGAAAUAUUUCAUAACUUUUUGAGCUGAAAAAGGCAGGACUCCAGCCAGGCAGCACAAUUUCAAAUCGAAAGCCAAAAAACCGAAUGCACAUUGCCGGCGAACGGAGCAAAUCGAGCAACAUGAUGCCGACUCGGCUGAUGAUGAUUUAGAUGGCGCCGGAGAUGGUUAUGGCCACGGAUCUGGAACAGAGGCAGGAGUAACAUCUGGAGUCGAACGGGAGGAGCAAGAUGAAGGCGGCGGCAGCCGAACGGAAAUGAAAUCAAAUCGCACAGCUGCAGCCGGCAAUGGCAAUAAUACCGCUUGUGAAUUAUGGCCAAAGUUAAUUAAAAGCCCAAAAAGAACGCCAGGACUUAAGCCCACAACAGGCGAGACAUAAAUCAAUUCGAGGAAACAAAGACGACAACAUGUAGAGCUGCAUUGUAAAUGGUCGAUCCCGAUGUCAAUGCCUGUUUACACGGCCAAUGAAAAAUGGCCAACAAUAUGGCCAGAACACUGAGUACCUGCAGCACCUGCAGCAUCCUGCACCCAAAAACGAUUCAAAGCGAAAUGACUUAAAGCGGCUUACGUAGACCGAAGAAGCGUAAGAGCCAGCCCACCCUACGUAUACGCAACGUCCCACCAGGCGGAUGCGUGAUUAAUUGCACUUUAAACAAACACAGAGCAAGGACUCGAAACAAUCCAGAAAGGAAAACCUGAAAGCCAUAAGAAAAAGCCGUCAAAAUGUUGCCAACCAACGUGAUGACAUUCAUGAAGAAGAUGGUGGCCACCGAUGAACAGACCACCGGAGGGCAGCAGCAUGCAACGGACUCGGGGGCAGGGGCCUCCAACACGGGUGCCUUGAACAAGAUGAAGGCUACGCUGUCCUCGUCGCUGCUCACGGUCACAGACAAAGUUAAUAAAAUGUCGCCACGCCCCUCGCUGGUUCCGACGGAUGCGGACACCAGCGGCAGUUACGGCUCGCCCAGCUAUCAGCAGCAACAGCAGGACUCGGCAGCAGGCGGCACCCUCAACAACAACAACAACAGUGGCACGACGGCAACAGCAGCCGGGGGCGGAGGCGGUACGGCGGCCAAGCAGGAGCCAGGACGAAGGGCCGGAGCCUGCCGGGUGUGCCUGAAGUCCUUCAAGCCGGACGACUACCACAAGACGUGCUUCGAGUGCCAGCAGCGAGUGUGCGAGGACUGUGCCAGCUACAGUAAGCUGGACGAGCACGAGGAUGCGACCAUGUGGCGGUGCAGCGUGUGCCGGCGGAAAAUGGCCUCGCGGGUCUGCAUUCCGCAGGACUCGACGGACUCGAUGCUGGACGUUCCGGUGCUGGAGGCGCUGCAGCGACGCCACUCGGAUGCCAAGCUGGGCAGCAGCACCCAGACCCUUGCCCCCAGUAAUGGAGCCGCUCUGGCACCCCCGCGGAGCCCCGAACUGCGGCGGCAUUCGGAUGUAUCGCCUGCAUCGCUCAAGGAGUUGGAAAGGCAACUGAAGGGCGGCCGCAGCAUGGCGCCCAGCCGCUCCAACAGCCCGCCUCGGGGCGAUGGCCAUGAGCCGCCUUUUGGAGCGCCACUCUCCCGGAUGCAGUCGCGCCGUGGAUCCCGCGUGGCGCGGCAGCACAGCUACGACGACGACAUGAAGACGGGACCGGUUAGCGGUAGCAUGGGCGGCGGAGGCCCGGCGCUGGGCUUGGGGGCGGAUGGAGCGGGUCUGGGCAUUCCGUCUAUGCCACGCAGAAAAUCCGCCUAUGAUGUGUUCGCCCCCGGACUGAUGCAGGCCGGAGGAGCGGCACCAGCUACCCAGAUGCAAAGGUCGCCAGGGGAGGGCGGCAUCAUGCCACCUAUCCAGCUGCCGGGCUCACGGAGACCGUCCUUCCGGGUGCCACACCCCUCGGAGGAUAUACAGAAUGAUGACUCGCCGGGAUCGCCGGACAAAGGAAGCCCUGUGCUGACCGUCGACGAGGACCGAAGGAUGCGACGACGUGGAUCGCAGCUGCCCGACAUUGCCAUGCUGCAGAAUCGCGGUGCUCUGCCGGCGGCCCCCGUCGCUUCUAUUCCGCCGCCUAUGGCCUCGUUCACGGGCCCCAAUCUGGAGGAUUUGGAGGCGCCACGGCGCCAAACCUCAAUGGAUGGCGAGGCCAUUCGGAUCGUCAUACACGACGUUGAUUCGGGGCCGAUUUGUGCAUCUAAGCGGCGCAUUAUCCUGCGCCGGGAUCCCACGGACAAGGCGCACCGCACACGUGGCUUUGGAAUGCGCGUCGUCGGUGGAAAAACUGGAGCCGAUGGCAGACUUUUCGCCUAUAUUGUUUGGACUGUCCCGGGCGGAGCGGCCGAAAAGAAUGGCCUGCAGCAGGGCGACAAGAUUCUCGAGUGGAACGGCAUGUCUCUGAUCGACAGAAGCUUCGAGGAGGUUUGCUCCAUCAUGGACCGCACUGGGGACAUUGUAGAGCUUCUUGUGGAGCACGCCACGGACUUCCGCAUGUGUGAUCUGUUCGACGAGAACCUUCCUCCGGGCAACGCCGGCGGGCAGAGUGGACCCAGACGGUCGGGCGACGGGCCAGUGGGCCUGGGCCUCAUAGCGGAACCCGAAACCACCACAGACAAAUCACCAGCAUCGCCAACUAGACGGAAAUUACCAAAAACUCCGGAGCAAAUUGCCCGCGAGAAGCUGGUCACCGGUCGCGUCCAGAUCCAGGUCUGGUACCACAACGAGCGGAACGAGCUGGUGGUCUCCCUGAUGGCCGGCGACGACCUGGCUUUGAGGGACGAGGCCUACGGCCACGGAAAUAUGCCAGAGGCCUAUGCCAAGGUCCGCAUUUUGCCCAAGUGCGGUGAUGGCAGCGUGCAACAAACGGAGGUCAGCCGACCCACCCAGAAUCCCAUUUGGAACGCCACGUUGACCUUCGGCCAUGUGAAGGCCGACACCUUGAUGGAUCGCUACAUAGACAUCCAGCUGUGGGACCUGGUGCCCCACACCGAAUCCAUCUUUCUGGGCGAGUGCAGCAUCGAGCUGCAGCAGGCCUUCCUGGACGACCAGGCCAUCUGGUGUCGGCUGGAAGACCCCAAGGGGCUGAGGGGCAUCAGCAUCAGCAAGUCGCCGAGUGUUUCGCCUCGGGGAUCCAUCGCUGCCGGGGCCGGAGCUCCAUGUGGAGAUGUGACUCGACUGCUGAGACGAGACUACAACAUGCAGCGCUCCAUCUCCGAUGAUGUAGACUCCAUCGGAGAUGGUACCUCGCUACUGCAUCCCGACCAUGCCUGGAUAGCCGGCUCGCGGCGCGGCUCCUCACAGUCGGAGACCAUGGAGGUGGAGGUCUACCAGCUGGGCAAGGACUUCUCGCGCUCAUUGCCGGGCUCGCGUCGAUCGAGCUUCCAGGAUGCCGAAAAGAAUCGGCUGGAGGAGGACGCCAUGGCCACGCCGCCCACAUCUUAUUUGGUGGGCAGGCGCCGUUCGUCCGUGGCUCGACGCGAUCCGGAUGAGAUCUUGAAAUCCUUGAAGGCUGUGCGCGGCGAACUGGGCAGGACUAUGAGCCUGGGUACUGAGCAGCACAAGCGCAUGGGAUCGCGACGUGCCAGUCGCGUUGGCCUGCCAAGCGGACCCAACAGCCGCAAGAGCUCCAUCCUGGACCUGUCCCAGCAGCACCAGCAACACCAACAACAGCUGCAGCACCUCCAGCAGCUGCAGCUCCAGGCUCAGCAACACCUGCCACCGGGCGUGGGCAACACGGACACCAGUCCCCCCUCGGAGGACGAGGAUAAGCGCUACCGUCCGCGCUGGAAGGGUUCGGGAAGCCAGUUGCCUCCUCAGAGUCCCAAGCAGGCUCUGUCCCGACUCAAGCAAGCCGCAUCAGUGUCCAAUGUGGCGGCCCAGGACUCGCCAACCCGGCAGAGCCAACUGCUGUCCACAGGUCAGUUGCAGCCCCGCAAGAGCAGCAUGUUCCAGCUAGGAGAGACUCCGGCUCCGACCACCACCACCACGCUUCAACGCAAGGGCAGUAUGUACGUGGCCAAGGUCACGGAGACGCCACCCCUGGGCGGUACGCCCACCCGCAAAGGCAGCAUCUAUCAGAGGAGUGGAGCGGGAUUGGGAUCCGAAAGCUCCACUUUGGCUCCGGACAGCCCGCAGCGGAAACAGAGCGUAGUGAAGACCCUGAGCGGCAGCUAUGUCAAUGUGUCCGCCAUCACAGGCGGAGAGUCCAGUUACGGCCUGAAGCUGGGUCCCUCCCAGAUUCAUCCCAAGGGCUACCGCCUAACCACCGCCCGUUACGGAGAGCUCAAGAUGGGUUUCGUCAAGAUCAAGGGCAACGUGGAGGUCGAGCUAAUCUGCGCCCGUAACAUUGUCAACGAGGACUGCGAGACGCCACCGGAUACCUAUGUGAAGUGCUACAUCAAGGACGGCGACCGGCUGCGGCACAAGAAGAAGACGCGUGUUGUGCGCCACUCGGCGGAGCCCUUCUACCGCCAGACCAUUAAGUACCAGAGCUCCGACGUCUUUGGACGCAACAUCGUCAUCAUGGUGUGGCAGCGGUGCGUGGGAUUCGAGCACAACCAGGGACUGGGCGGCACGGAGGUGAACCUGGACAAGGUAAACAUCGGGCAGCACAUCAACGGCUGGUACCCGCUCUUCCCGAUGCACAGCUACGGUGGCUCCGACUCUGACAACUCCCCCUGACCGAACAACCCGCAGCAGUGCCGGAUGGAGCAGGAGGCCACUCCGGAGUUACUUGCGCUCAAGCUGCAAGCUCAAUUUGUUAGCGUCUAAGACCAGGGGUACUUGGAUAUCCGAUAAAUAUUGUUCCCUCCCCCACAAUGGCUUUACACACGUAAUCCCCGCCCCCGCAUAACAAGAUUUU